AUGCUCGCUCCAGAGCCCAGAGCCUGCAGUGCAUGCAGCAAAACCAAGCGAAAAUGUAGCAGAGAGCUUCCAUCAUGCAGUCGAUGCCAGUCUCGCGACCUCGAGUGCGUCUAUCCCGCUCCGCGACCGUCGUGCUUCGUGCUCUGCGGCGACGACCCGCUGCGGGAGGACGAGCUCCCCACCCCGACGCUGUCCGCACUGGAGCUGCCCCCGACGCCGUCCGAUCUGAUGCCAUCGUGCUCAGGUCCACUGGCCUGGCCCACGCUGUCCGACCUGCAAGAAGCGUGGUUCCUAACGCGAGAGUCAUGGACCGUUCAGCCUCUCGACAAUAUCCACCUAACUCCAACCCCGAUAUCCGUCGGCUGGAGGUAUGUCAAUCGCAUCCGAGGAUGGCUGGCGGACUGGACGACCGGUAUUCGGAAUCCGCUCAUCCACUCUCGGCUGUACGAGACCCGCCUGCCGAACUGCAUCCAGGACGCCUUCAUGGCGCUGUCGAGCUAUCACUCGCGGACACCUGCCACCGAGGAGUUCGUAUACCGGAUUCUCGAGUCUCGUGCGGAAUCUCUCGUCGCGGAAUCGAGUGAAUCGGACGCUGAGCUGGAUUGUUUCGAUCACGUCAGUCGCGUGCAAGCCCUGGUCGUCUACUCGUCCAUCCGCCUGUUUGACAGCGACAUCCGACAGCGCUAUCUGGCAGAGCAACAGCUACCGAGGCUGUAUGCCUGGUCCAACGCCAUGCUCUCGCACGCUGCAGAAAACAGACACCUGCUGCUCUCCAGCGCCCUAGAGGAUAUCGCCCCCGGUCUCACCCAGCCUGUGUCUGCAAUGCAGCAGGAGGAAGUCCUCUGGAGGGCAUGGAUCCGGUCCGAGAGCAUCCGACGCACGUGGCUGGUGGCGCAAAUGCUGCAUGCGGUCUACCUGACCAUGCAGGGGCGGUAUGUCGGGUGUCCCGGGGGUGUCAUGUUUACGAAUAGAAAGGGCGCGUGGGAAGCCGAGUCUGCGCAUUCCUGGAUGAAGCUGUGCGCCGAGAAGAACGUGGGAUUCAUGCACCGGAGCCGGAUGUAUGCGGUGAUGGAGGAAUAUCGGCCAGAUGAGGUGGAUGAGUUUGGGAAGUCGAUUAUGGAGUUGGAUUUUGGGGUGGACAGGAUGGAGAAUUGGGGGUGUUGAUAUAGAUGCUUUGCUGUACAUAUCUCUUGCUUAAUACAUACACUAGCU